AUGGAAGACCGUGAACUUCCCAGUUCUCCGCCUGCCGAUAAUAGGGGAACGAUUGACCUCAGCACUUGCCCCACUAUAUAUGUCCUUCCUACUCAUAUUUCCCUGGAAGAACUCCAUCGGAUUGAAAAUAUACUUUCAAAAUGCGGUGCUCCAUUAACCUAUGAUAUCACGGAGGCUCAGCUGGCUAUAGGCAAGGUCUCCCAUGAAAAGCGUGCAGCUCUGGAGCUUCGUUCAAAAGGGCUCUGGACAGAAGGUAUCUCUUUGGCGGCAGCAAUCGAAGAACCAGCUCAAAAGCGGCGACGACUUGAUAAUGAUAAUAAACAUAUUCGGGUCCUCAAAUUAAACUGGAUACAUGAGUCCAUGAAGGCAAAGGAGCCUUUACCAUUUGAACAAUUUACUGUUUACGAGGGGCUUAAGAUACCAAAACCGCCCAACUUAAGCACAUCGCCAAGUACAGCCUCACUAGGUGAACGUACGCCUCGAGAGGCUGCGCUAUACCAAAGCCCAGGUAGAAGCAUUCUUGAAAGGGCUAAAGGAGACACAGUAUCAUCACCCAAGCAGUUUUUCCCUUCAUCUCCAUCUCGCCGGAUGAAGGCUACCUUGAGCAGUACUCCAACUCUUAAGCAGAGACCAAAGUUGUACCGCGCCUCAACUUCAGACUUGGAGGAAGAAGCUUCUCUACCAGAUCCCCCGGAGUGGGUACGCACCAAAGUUGUGUACUCAUGCUGCCGCUCCACUCCGCUACAUCCCCUAAAUGCGCAAUUCAUCGACCAAUUACUCAAGAUCAAAAAGAUUCGCGAGCUGACUUUGGAUGAAGUUGGAGUUCGUGCAUAUAGCACAUCUAUAGCUUCCUUGGCAGCAUAUCCAUAUAAGUUGAAGUCCCCCGAGGAAGUUCUAUCCCUACCAGGCUGUGAGAAUCGAAUUGCAAAUUUGUUCACAGAGUGGAAACAUAGUAAAGAUGGAACCAUAGAAUCCACACUGCCACUCACCACUGACCCAGCACUGAGAGUGAUUCAUUUGUUCUACAACAUAUGGGGUGUUGGAGCUAAAUCUGCCAGGGAUUUUUACUACCAGAGGCAAUGGAGAGAUUUGGACGAUAUAGUCGAGCAAGGCUGGGAUACCUUAUCCCGAGUACAACAGAUCGGAGUGAAAUACUACGAGGAGUUCCUUACUGGAGUACCAAGGGAGGAAACAGAGUCUAUUGCGAAAACCAUACUGCGCCACGCUAAACUAGUGAGGCCAGAUGCCGAUUUCGAUGGCAAAGGAGUUGAGUGCAUCAUUGUUGGUGGUUAUCGGCGAGGAAAAGAAGAGAGUGGUGACGUGGAUGUCAUUCUUACCCAUCAAGACGAAAGAGUGACAUCCAACCUUGUGUUCGAUGUUGUUGCGAGCCUUGAGCAAGAAGGAUGGAUUAUGCACACGCUUGCUCUUCAUCUAACAAAUACUAAUCGCGAUCAACAGACCCUACCUUAUCGUGGGGAAGCAAGUGGGAAACCCAGGUUUGACAGCCUAGAUAAAGCCCUGGUCGUAUGGCAAGACCCUAACUUUGAUGAUAGCCCUUCAACGCUAUCCUCAACCGGAGGUUCCGGUGAUAUUCAGUCACCGCCUCACAUACCAAAGGAGAAAACGGAAGGAACAAAAGUGAGUGAAGACGUGAAACUACAGGGACCCUCCUCCCAAGAUACAGGCCCUGGUGCCCUGGCUGGAGAGCUCGGAACAACAGCUGCCCCAAUCCCAGGAAAUCGCCGAGUGCCAAACCCAAAUCUCCACAGGAGGGUUGAUAUUAUAGUAUCCCCGUUCCGAACUAUAGGGUGUGCAGUGCUGGGAUGGUCAGGAGAUACAACAUUCGAACGGGAUUUACGCAGAUACGCCAAAAAGGUACAUAACUGGAAAUUUGAUUCCAGCGGUGUGCGGUCUCGAGAAGGCAGUGGGGGGAGGGUGAUUGACCUUGAGAGCAAAGGGAAGACAUGGGAGGAGAGGGAGAAAUUGGUCAUGGAAGGAUUAGGAGUUGGAUGGAGGCCGCCAACUGAGAGGUGUACGAGGUGA